AGUUGCGUUUAUAAAUCUCUCUCUAUUCCACUCUAAUUCCUUCGUUAACACUCCUCUCUGAUGAACGUUCUCUCUCUUUGUGCGUGAUGUGUGGAGGCGCGAUCAUUUCCGACUUCGUCGAGGAGCAGCUCGACCGCUGCCGUCCCAACCGUAAGCUGACCGCUCACGACCUCUGGUCCGAGCUCGACCCCAUCUCUGACCUCCUCGGCUUCGGCGGUCCGGUUGCCCAUGGCCAUCCCAGCCCUUUCUCUCUCGUCCCAAACCAGCUCAACCAAGUCGUACAAGUGCCAGUGACGAUGAGCGAAGAGAUGAAGAGUGAGGAGGCGGGUCAUGGACACGUGUCGGAAACCCAGAAGAGGAAGAGCAAGAGCCAGAGGGCUCGCAAGAACGUUUUCAGAGGGAUCCGGCAGAGGCCCUGGGGCAAGUGGGCCGCCGAGAUCAGAGACCCCCACAGGGGCGUCCGCGUCUGGCUCGGCACCUUCAACACCGCCGAGGAGGCGGCUCGAGCCUACGAUGAAGCCGCCAAGCACAUCCGUGGCGACAAGGCCAAGCUCAACUUCUCUGCCCCCCACAGGCCCGAGGCUCCGGCCCAGCCGCCGGCUAAGAAGAGGUGCGUGGCUCCCGACGAGCCGGCCCGAUGGGCCGAGCCGAAGGAUGAGGCCGGAGCUGCAGGAUGUGAGCUGAAGGAGCAGAUCGCCAGCUUGGAAUCUUUCCUGGGGUUGGAGCCAACUGAGGAGCCGCUCAAGCUGGGCGCAGGCGCCGAGCCGUCUUCGGCUGAUCUCUGGAUGCUCGAAGACCUCGUCACUCAUCACCAGCACCGUUUUGAUAACCAGCUUGUUUAUUAGAUAAUAACUGGGUUGAUCACUGAUGAUGGUGCUUUAAUCUUUGUGUUCUAGCUUGUGAUGGUUAAUUAUGGCAUGUUCCAGACAUGUAAGAAUCGCCGUGUUUCAGAGUGUUGCGAACACGGCACCUAGUAUUGCGUCGUACUUAUUA